CCAGGGCUCCACCUCAGGACUAGCCUGGGCCUGCUCACCUUCUUUGAGACUUGCUUUCCUUUGCUUCCCUAACUCCAUAAUGGAUCCCUUAACCCAGUGCUCCUGACCCUGCAGCAGGUUCUGGGCUGAAAGAUCUUGUCUUCUGUAUCUCUGGGCCCCCAACCCCUAGGGCACUGAGGGGCAUGCUGCUGGCUCUGCCCACGCUUGUCAGGGACUUGAACAAAUGGGGUCAUUCACUUAUUCUCUCCUCUUCCUGAUAUGAAACUGGUUUGGGGGUGGGAGUUGUGGUUGGACUUCUCUGAGCCUCUCCUGCGACUACAGUAGAUUGGAAUUUCUCCUGAAAGGACGAGUGACAGUCACUGAAUACCUUGCAGACACUGCCCUCUGUGACCAUGAAAUUCCGGGUGUCCGUGUUGCUGGUGGCCUGGUUUGGUGUCCUGGGCUGCGUGCAGGCCGAAUUCUUCACUUCUAUUGGGCACAUGACAGACCUGAUUUAUGCAGAGAAGGACCUGGUGCAGUCUCUGAAGGAGUACAUCCUUGUGGAGGAAGCCAAGCUCUCCAAGAUUAAGAGCUGGGCUGACAAAAUGGAAGCCCUGACCAGCAAGUCAGCUGCUGACCCAGAGGGCUACCUGGCCCACCCUGUGAAUGCCUACAAACUGGUGAAGCGCCUGAAUACAGACUGGCCUGCACUGGAGGACCUUGUCCUGCAGGACUCAGCUGCAGGUUUUAUUGCCAACUUCUCAGUGCAGCGCCAGUUCUUUCCCACUGAUGAGGAUGAAAUGGGAGCUGCCAAGGCCCUGAUGAGGCUUCAGGACACAUACAAGCUGGACCCAGAUACAAUUUCCAAAGGGGAACUUCCAGGAACCAAGUACCAGGCAGUGCUGAGUGUGGAUGACUGCUUUGGGAUGGGCCGCUCGGCCUACAAUGAUGGGGACUAUUACCACACAGUGCUAUGGAUGGAGCAGGUGCUAAAGCAGCUUGAUGCUGGGGAGGAGGCCACCACAGCCAAGACCCAGGUGCUGGACUACCUGAGCUACGCCGUCUUCCAGUUGGGCGACCUGCACCGCGCCCUGGAGCUUACCCGCCGCCUACUCUCCCUUGACCCGAGCCAUGAACGAGCUGGAGGGAAUCUGCGGUACUUUGAACGAUUGUUGGAGGAAGAAAGAGAAAAACCAUCAUCAAAUCAGACAGAAGCUGAGCUAGCAACCCAGGAAGGCAUCUAUGAGAGGCCUGUGGACUACCUGCCCGAAAGGGAUGUCUACGAGAGCCUCUGUCGUGGGGAGGGUGUCAAACUGACACCCCGGAGGCAGAAGAGGCUUUUCUGUAGGUAUCAUCAUGGCAACAGAACACCACAGCUGCUCAUUGCCCCCUUCAAAGAGGAGGACGAGUGGGACAGCCCGCACAUCGUCAGGUACUACGAUGUCAUGUCUGAUGAGGAAAUUGAAAGGAUCAAGGAGAUCGCGAAACCCAAACUUGCACGAGCCACUGUUCGUGAUCCCAAGACAGGUGUCCUCACUGUUGCCAGCUACAGGGUUUCCAAAAGCUCCUGGCUGGAGGAGGAUGAUGACCCUGUUGUGGCUCGAGUUAAUCUUCGGAUGCAGCACAUCACAGGUCUAACAGUAAAGACUGCAGAAUUGUUGCAGGUUGCUAAUUAUGGAAUGGGAGGACAAUAUGAGCCACACUUUGACUUCUCUAGGAAACAUGAGCAAGAUGCUUUCAAGCGUUUAGGGACGGGGAAUCGUGUGGCCACAUUCUUAAACUACAUGAGUGAUGUAGAAGCUGGUGGUGCCACUGUCUUUCCUGAUCUGGGGGCUGCAAUUUGGCCAAAGAAGGGCACAGCUGUAUUCUGGUACAACCUACUGCGGAGUGGGGAAGGUGACUACCGAACGAGACAUGCUGCCUGCCCCGUGCUUGUGGGCUGCAAGUGGGUCUCCAAUAAGUGGUUCCAUGAACGAGGACAGGAGUUCUUGAGGCCAUGUGGAUCAACAGAAGUUGACUGACAUCCUUUUCUGCCCUUCCUCUUCCUGGCCCCACAUCCCUUGUUGUCUUCAAGUUCAACGUGACAGACACCUUUGUAUCUUCCAGCCCCUCAGGCGGGUCUUUGGAAGAGUGAAUGUUUGUCAGGCAGAGAGAGCAGACUUGGGAGGGUCCUGGGUGACCUGGGUCCCAGCCUCUCUGGUCAGCCUGAGCCAUCUCUGGCCGCAAGGGUAGGGUCCGAGCGGCUGCAGCAGUGUCAGGCUGUCUAGCACCUAGCCAGGUGCCUUUGUACCUCAGAUGCUUUAGAUGUGAGAUAUUUCAAUGAACCAAAGUUCUGAUACCUUGUUUACAUGUUUGUUUUUAUGGCAUUUUUAUUAAUGUGGCUUUAACCAAAAAAUAAAAUGUCCCUGCCAGAAGCCUUAAA